CAGCUGAUUACUACGCCUGCUGACCGUCUUCCUGAUUGCUGCUGCUUUGCUUUCCGUUGAUUGUUUUAUUUCUGGCCUGUCUCGCUGUUGCUCCCAAUGGAUGCCUGGGCCAUUUAGCCUUUUGUUUUGAUGCAGAUUUCCCUGUUAAAGGACUAUAGCUGCUGUGUGUUUGGGGCCACAAAGAUCUCUUGUGGAAAAGGGCGUCUCACUACCUGCUGCCAUUCUUCUAGUGGAUUGAGGUGGCCUGAGAGCUGGGGAUGGUGGUGCCUCCUCUGUGUUGGUCUCCUUCCUGGUGGGACUUCCUCCCUCCUCCUCUGAAUGCUGCUCUGUGUGCCUGUGUGGUGUGAUUAUAGUGUUGUGUGGUAGUGUGUGUGCUUUGCUUGGGGUGGCUUUUCCUUGGAUUCCUGCACCUCGUUUCAGCCCACCUUUCCCUGAAGCCUCUUAUCGCGAUUUGAGGAGCAGCUGUGGUGAACCUCCAAUAUCAUUGUCUCCAGGGGAAUAUCGAGUCACCAUGAGGACCGCUCACAUCCUUCUGCUCUGCAUCCUGGGAGUUGCACUGUUGUCUGCAAUCAACUGCAAAGAUGAAAUUGUUCCUAAAGAGUGUUGCUUCACAUUCUACCCGAGAAGAUUGAACAAAACCCUCAUCAAAUCCUAUCGCAUGACUGAUCACCACUGCCCCAAGUCUGGAGUCAUUUUUGUUACAAAGAAAUUAGGUCGUCAGAUCUGUGUGGAUCCGACUCUGUCCUGGGCCGAGAACAUCAUGAGGUUCGUGGAUGAGAGCUCCUUUUAAACGGGUGACCUGCUCAUCACGAAGACUUCUUCAUCAGUAAAAAUUAAAUCAGAAUGUUGUUUCCUUUCUUUUUAAUUUUUCUUUAACAUGUUUUUUUUUAUUAUGCUCAUUAUCCAACAGUAUAAACCUUGUUGCAAUAAAGUUUGUAGUUUUAAAUGUUUGAUUUUUCUCACCUGAAAUUCUGUAAAUGACAAAAUAUAAUUAAUUUUGAGGUUUGAGCUUGAAUA